AACAAACACACCCACAAUCACUCUGUGGAUUUUUGACCGCUAUUCCUCACCCGCAGCGAAGAAGCUGCAACCCGAGAAAUCAUGGCCGAAGCAGCAAUUGACUACUCGUUAAAUAACCCCGAUACUCUGACCAAGUACAAGCAGGCGGGGCAAAUCUCCCAGAAGGUCUUGGAAACCGUGUCAGGAUGGUGCGACGAAGGCGCGAAUAUUGUCGAGCUCUGUGAGAAGGGUGACGCCCUCCUGGCCGAAGAGAUCUCGAAGGUCUACAAAGGCAAGAAGACCGUCAAGGGAUUCGCCCAUCCGACCACCGUUUCGCCGAGCUCAUACGUCACCCCCUAUACGCCACUCAAGUCGGAGGAGGAAGAGGCCAGCAGGACCUUGAAGGCUGGAGAAGUCGUCAAGAUCCAGCUGGGAGCACAGAUCGAUGGAUUUGGCACCAUUGUCUGCGACUCGGUCGUGGUUGGAGCCAAAGGAGCCGAGAUCUCCGGAAGAGAAGCAGAUCUUUUCCUGGCCACACACUAUGCGAAUGAGCUCCUGCUGAGGCUUAUGCUCCCGCCGGGAAUCCUUACCGCGGGAACCGAUGAGGAGAAGAAGAAGGCAUCCGCGCAGAAAGCUCCCACGCAGACCAAGAUCAAUCAGAUGCUGGACAAAGUGGUGAAGGCCUACGGAUGCAACAUCGUGGACAGCACCACCAGCUGGCUUUUCGACCGCAACGAGAUCGAGAGCAAGAAGAAGAUCAUCCUGGCACCCGGCGACGGAUUGAAGGGCGAGGGCCUGCCGGAAAUCGGCGAAGUAUGGGGCGUGGAGAUCGGCGUCAGCUUGGGCAGCGGCAAAAUCAAGAACCUGGCCGAUCGCACCACGCUGCACCGGAAGACGGACACGCGGUUCGAUCUCAAGAGACCGAGUUCGCGGGCCACGAUCAAUGAGAUCAAGGAGAAGUUUGGGACGUUCCCGUUCAGCUUGCGCCAACUCGAUGACGAACGAGCGGCGAAGAUCGGAGUCAUGGAAUGUGUCCGUGGGAAUGUGGUUCGACAGUACGAAGUGGUCGCAGAUAAAGACAACGAGCCAGUUGCCCGCCUCUUCACGACAGUGUCGAUAACGAAGAAUGGGAUGACCCGUCUCAGCGCCCCUCCGACGUUGGAUGUGACCAAAUUCAAGACGGACAAGAAGAUCGACGACGAGGAAGUCCUCAAGAUCCUCGAGCAACCGAUCUCCAAGGUCAGCACCUCGAAGAGCAAGAAGAAGAAGCCCAAGAAGAAGGCGGCCAAGAAGGCAGUUGAAGAGGAGGAGGACGACGAUGAGGAUGACGAUGACGAUGAGUAGGCGAGUUCGUCGAGAAGCAGUACAUCUGAUGCUAUCGACCCCGACCUCCUUUGGUGUCUUCCUCACGAAUGCAGGGCUUCUGAGACGAGAACUUCCAGGACCAUGUGAUCAUCGCUUCAAGGCCGAAUGAAUGGCAACGGGUUGCGAAGAUAACGACGUAACAUAGAAAUAUCCGGUAGCAAAAAUCAAUGGAACUGUUGAGUGAUGCAGCAUUCUCAGCUCUCUAUUACUCUGCUC